CAACAAUGGCAACUUCUACUGUAACAGUGGCUGCCACUAUUGCUGACACUACAACUACUAAAUCAAACAUAACAAAUGAGUCUUUAAUUACUUCUGCUAAUGGAUUUUACAAAAUUGUAUCAGAAGAAAGACAAUACAGGCUCUGUAGCAUCAUAUAUAAAAGAAAGUUUUCACACUCUGUUUCAACCCCAUAA